CAAUAAACAUCAACGAAGAAGAAAAACCAUGUCAAGUGAUCAUAGAGAAGUGGAAAGUUUGGUUUAGCGUUGGGAGCUAAACUAAAAAUAGCUAGCUAGUUAACGUUACCUCUAACGAUAUAUUCUCACAAUGUUGUAAUGGACGAAACUUGAUUUCGCUUUUCCCCAGCUAUAAUUGUUUUCUAGAUGACCUUCCAUGCCAUGGUACUGACAGACAUCUGACAGAAGGUGCAGCCUGGCAUGAGGAUGACUGAGAAUGGGGAGGACAGCAGCCCCUCUCAGCCUGAUGGAGUGUUACCUCGUGGAGCUCCUGGUUGGAAGGAUCCAGGAGUUAGCAGUGACACGAGGCCAGUGAACCCCUCUACAGAGGACAACAAACCCACCAAGCUCAUCGACACCCUGCAAUUCCCUCAGGAUGUACAAGACCAAAGCAGCAAGACCAGUCUCUACCAGCCGCGACCGCCCCUGCUCCCCAAGCCCCCUGCACUGUCGAAGGGAGGGAAGAGCGGUUCGAUGGAGGAGGUGAGAAGCAGAAGACUUAAGCACAGCCAGGAGAGUCUGACUGACCCAGCUGAGACUGGUUCCUCCACAGACUCUCUUAAGGAGGACUCGACAGUUACAGGUGUGUUCACCUUGAGCGGUGCUGCCACCUUAAGGAAUGGACAGGGCUCCAUCGUUGGACCCCUCUUAACUCCUACAGGGUCCCCUGUCUUCAGAGCCAGGGGCCAGAGCCUCUCCGAGUAUGAGAGGAGGCCCCACGACCACCACGGUGACCCAACAGAGCAGCGGGGGAGGCCCUUCAAGGUACGCCUCUCUCCCUUACAGCCAUCGGGUCCACUUCCUGCUCUGGAGCAGACCUUGGUGUCGGAGUCCUUAAGGACGGCUAAUCGGAUUGACAGGGAUUGCGUGGAUUAUGGCAUUGUGCCGGGGAGAGCUGGGCCUGAGAGGCUGCACCUGCACAGGAACCUGAGCGACAGCCGGCUUCUGGAUAACAUGGUGUUGGACAACACCUCUGUCAACUCCAUGAAGUCCACCUUCAGCGUGUUGAACCCCAUCAGACCCAGGGACGUCAGGAACAGGAGUUUUCUGGAGGGCAGCGUGCUGGGCAGUGGUGCCCUUCUGGGCGCUGAGGAGCUGGACCGCUAUUUCCCAGAGAGGAGAGUUGGCAUCUACAUAGCCACAUGGAACAUGCAUGGAGAGAAGGGACUUCCAAACAACCUAGAUGAUCUGUUGCUCCCGACAGACUCUGAAUUUGCACAAGACUUUUACAUCAUCGGAGUCCAGGAGGGAUGUCCAGACCGGUAUAGGACGACUGUGAGGGAAUGGGAGAUCCGUCUUCAGGAGACUCUGGGGCCGUACUACGUCAUGCUCUACGCAGCCUCCCACGGGGUUCUCUACCUCACUGUGUUCGUCAGGAGGGACCUCAUUUGGUUUUGCUCAGAAGUGGAGCAUGCCACGGUCACAACACGCAUCAUGUCUCAGAUUAAAACCAAAGGAGCCGUGGGGAUCGGCUUCACCUUCUUUGGCACUUCCUUCCUCUUCAUCACCUCCCAUUUUACCUCUGGAGAUUCCAGAGUGUACGAGAGGAUUCUGGACUACAACAAGAUCGUUGAAGCGCUUGCUCUGCCUAAAGUUCUUCCAGACACCAACCCUUACCGCUCCACAUCCUCGGAUGUGACAACACGGUUUGAUGAGGUUUUUUGGUUUGGGGACUUUAACUUCCGCCUGAGUAAAGACCGUGUGGAGGUAGAGGCCCUUCUAAACCAGAACCAGGGUGUGGACAUGGGUCCUCUUCUCCACCAUGACCAACUCUCCAAGGAAAUGAAGGAUGGUUCCAUCUUUAAAGGCUUCCAGGAAGCACUGAUUCAGUUCCUCCCCACCUACAAGUUCGACGUUGGCUGUGACGUGUAUGACACCACCUCUAAGCAGAGAACUCCCUCAUACACAGACAGAAUACUGUUCAGGAACAGGCACGUGGGUGACAUCAAAGUGAUAAAGUACACCAGCUGUUCAAUGAUCAAGACGUCAGACCACCGGCCUGUCAUCGGCAUGUUCCAGGUCAAACUCCGUCCUGGAAGAGACAAUAUUCCUCUGGGAGCGGGCCAGUUUGACAGGAGUCUGUACCUGGAGGGCAUCAGGAGGAGGAUCACCAGAGAGCUGAAGAAGAGAGAAGCCACGAAGGACCAGGGCAGCAGCACCAUCUGCUCCAUCUCCUGAACCUGGACCAGAAUCAAUCUGACCCAGCCACGAGGGACCAAAGGGAAACAGUCUUGUGGUUCCACUUCCAGCCCAGUUUGUGGGAGAAUCUGUUGGUUUUGUCUGAGGCCUUGUAUCCUCGCCUGCUUUUGAAAAAAGGUCAAAGGUAAUCGAGGAGCAGAGUCGAGAGGAAACGUAGAAACAAAUGUGCUUGUAUGAAAUGACUCGUUUUCCACUUGAGUGUCAUCAGGCAAAUUACAUGGACAGGGGUAGAAUCUCCAAAUAAAUGUGUAAAUGGAUACACAUUUAGCUAGUUGUGCGAGACAUUUUCUAGAUAAAAGUAACGUAUAGUUUUUAAAUGUGUGCAUACUUUUCUCCUUUGAGAAAACAACAGCUGAUCCAAAAGGGGUGUGGUGGAUAUUAAAACACUAGCCCAGGAUACUAUUGUGCAACCUCUCUCAGGGAGGAGAGGACGGACUUUUGCCCAAUUGAGAAUCUCCCUGUGAGUCAUGGAAGUCACGUAGGCUGAUCCAUGAGCGCCCCCUACUGAGAGCUGUUGGAACUGUCACUCAUGUGGUUUGGGGAGGGGCUGUUCUCGAAGGCAGGGACCUUGAGUUCAGACAGACUCCAGUCUGCAGACUCGGCAGUAAACUGGUCUAUUUAUACAGACCUUCUAUAAACAAGACUGAACUGGGGAAACUGACAUUGAAGAUUGAAAGGUAAUCAGUCACCCGUGUGUGCUGGUUGGCUGAUGUUGCUAUGAGUAUACUGUACUUAAUACGUUUUUUUUUUUUUUUUUUUACAUUUAUUUAACAAGCCAGGUUGGUAUGGUCCAUAUGUAAUGUCACUUUUUACUUGGUGUACCUGUAUUCAAAGGCCUUGUCAAUGCAUUUUCAUCAAACAGCUCUUAAGCAGUAUAAAGCACUUUCUUUGAUAUACCAAACUUUUGGGGUGUUCUUGGAUUUCCUCCAGUAAAGAAACAACUGAACCAUGAUUUCACAGAAAUGGACUUAUCCCUAUCAGAUUUAAGGGGAAUUUCAGUUAUUUUGAUGUUGCUUGAUGAACAUACAUUUCCUGCAAGUAUGGUGCUUAUUGAAUUAAGGCAUGGUGGCUUUUCUGGCAUUGUAUAAAAAACAUGUGUGAUUGAUAUUUGUGAAAUAUCUUGCUUAUUAACAUAUUGUUUAAUAUCUCACAUAAUGGAUACAGAACCAUCCUUUGCAAUGGUGAUGUGGAUCGUGUUGGAGCGGUUGAACUCUGGUUCAUUGCCUUAAUGUCAUCUGUCGUGACUAAAUUAAAUACACUCAUGUAACUUAAUAAAAAAAA